AUGAAUAUUGAAUCAAGCAGCAGUGAAAAAUUUGUUGCUCAUCCAGUCCUUGAUGAUCCAGCAAAGAUGAUGCGCAUUAUAGCCAAUCCAGUUUAUGACAAAUUAACAAUAUCACGAGCAGCUCAUAUGCGAAGGCCACAAUCAAUCAAAUAUGAUCGUUACUCAACACAAUUGUAUGGAACAAAAAGUAGCACGAAAUCUACACCAAUGAAAUCAUUAAAUACUGAACAAGUUUCAACAGCGCCAUUACCCACAAAAAAUAAUUCAGCACGAUCAAAAUCAAUUAAUGAACAACGUAAAUCACCACCACUGCAUCUCCCUGCACUUCCUCUAAAAGAUGAAAUAUAUCCAAUAAACACUCAACCAGCUAUUCGUACCCGAAGUCAUUCAGUGGUAUCAUCAACUGUAAAAGACGAUAGAAAAUCUACACAUGACAACAAUACUGUCCGUUAUGUAAACGGUCCACAUGGCUUUGAAAUACAACGGCAUUCGUCGGGUAAUUGGUUAUCUGUUGACAUUCUAAGUAAAGAUGCCUGCGAAGCCAAAGAACGAACGUUUCGUGAAAUGGUUGAGCUAAAAGAGAAUGAUGAUCUAGUAACACAUAGUAUUUACACAUCAGAAUAUUAUCGUAAACGUUGGCGUGAUUCAUUAAAAUCAUGUAAACAAGGAAACUUAACACAUCUUGAAUGGGCUGAACAAAACUAUAAAAUAAACUGUUCAAAAAAAUAUUAUUCGGAAGCAUCUCAACGAGAGCGAUCUCUUAUUGAGUUAAAUGAGCAAAAGCAACGUCGAAAACGUGCUCAAUUGGCAUUUAAGGAGUGGAAACAAACUAAAAAUGAACCAAAUCUUGAACAUACUCAAGGCGAAUUGCAUAUAGAGGAUAGUCUUAAUUCAACAGAUAUUACAUGUGUUACAUCGAAUCCUUCAUUACCAUUUAAUAAUACAAAUAAUCAAACAUCAACGCCAACAAGUACGAGUACUGGAUCGGAAGAAUUAUCACAUUCUCAAUCAAAUACUUCAACAAAGUCGACUAAAAGUGUUUUGUAUAUGUUAGAUGAACAAAGAUGGUCUUUACAGGCAAUGCUCAAACGUAUUGUUGGACUUGCUGAACCUUUACAACCAUCGCCACCGAAAAUUAUCAAUUAUCAUAAUUCACCAUUGGCAAGUCGUCGUUAUCUUAGUGGAUUUGAAUCAUGUGUAUAA